AUGCUUCUAGGUACGCUAGGAGCAACCAGGAGAGCCACUGUACAAAUCAUUAUGAACAUCUUACCAAAUAUGGUGCACGUUUCACCAGUACCAGCAUUUAGGACAACAAGUAUCAAGAAUGGUUCGAUGGUGGGUUAUCGAUGGAGGAUAACGGAUCAAUCAGAUAAUUGUGAUACAGAAACCAUGGACGACAAACAGAGAAAACGUAAACAGUUCAUUCAUCGGAAAGAAACCAUGGGCGACAUACAGAGAAAACGUAAACAGCUCAUUCAUCAGGUAUGCGCCGCCAUAAAGCCUGGUGACAACAAUUACCAUAGACCAGAAGAGAGAAGAGGAUUGCUAUAUAUCAAUAAAUAUCAAAUUGCUUACUGUCAGAUCCCUAAAGUUGGUAUAACUAAUUGGAAACGAAUUAUUCUUGUAUUGAUGGGGUAUAACAGUACAGUUGGCAUUAACCACCAUGUAAUCAAUCUUCGUGGAUUUCCAUCAAUUUCAAAAGAUGAAAGUCGUAAGCGACAUUGUACUUCAUUUUUAUUUGUCCGUCAUCCGUUUCAAAGACUGUUAUCUGCAUACAGGAAUAAAUUUGAAAUCCCAGAUUAUUAUGAUAUAGCGGAGGAAAUAGGUCGAAAAAUAGUCUCACAUUUACGUCCUAAUGCAUCAGCGUCUGUUAAAAACAGUUGGAAAAAUGUAACAUUCCCCGAAUUUAUACAAUUUCUGUUAUAUAUCUCAAACAAAAAUCGAUAUAAUUGGCACUGGGAUUUCCAACAUAAAUUAUGUGAGGUAUGUGAAUUUUCUUACGAUUUCAUUGGCCACUUUGAAAAUAUUGUGGAAGAAUCAAACUACCUUCUUCGCUCCAUUGGGAUUACAGACGUGUCCUUCCCUGAGUUCAGUACUCAUGCAACUAACAGUUCUAAUAUAAAUAUGUAUUUGAAAUAUUUCGCACAAGUCCCAGGAGAAGAUAUAAUUAAACUAUAUAAGUUAUAUGAAAUGGACUUUAAAUUAUUUGGAUAUCCAUUUCCUGAAGAACUUAUUAAGGAAUAG